UUUGACCAGCCUCUGCAAUCUACAGAAAAUAUGUUGUCUUUCCAAGCUCCUCUCUGGUUCUGCUCUUUGGCAGCGGUAGUCGGUACGGCCUCGGCUGCUCAGAAGUUUGACCUCUACGCCUAUGGCGAGAACGUGGGAGGACUUCCUCUUUACUACGUUGAUGGUAGCGCCGUCGUAAGCCCAAAGACUCCUGAGAAUGGAACCGACGUCGCCCCAGUCGCUUUCAACAAGGAUAGCAAUAACCAGCUCAUCGGGAAUCCAAACACAACCAGUACUGCGUCUGCGGCCAGUUUCACGGACGUAUCGCUUUUCGUUCCUGGCCCGAACUCCAAUGACAAGGAGAUGGGCUUUACCAGCGAUCCUUCUUCGAACCAAGUCACCAACAAAUUUGUCUGGUAUGGUAACUUUCUACUUGUUGAGAAUGAGUCUGGGGAGUACACCUCCUUGUUCUCUGUCAAGAAAAGCUCGUCGCACGAUGAGGAUGGAAGUUAUGAUCUCUACUGGAACGUGACGGACUCGGAUGAAGAAGUGAUCACUAUUUCCAUGAGGUCGGUUGCGCCUUCCAAUUCGUAGAGCUCUAUCUACAUCGGACCAAUAUGUGGUCAUCUUCUAGACUGAUAGUUUCUGUUGUGGGUGGGUGAUACUUGAACUGUCUUUCUCUCGGUAUACGCUGCAGGAUUUCUUGCGCUUCCCUUCUUUCACAGCCGUUCUUUUGUACUGUCUUUCUCUACUUAUAACCAUCUGGAUUUCUUUGUGUUUGGAAAUUACAUUGAAGUGUUGCCACUUCUGUGAAUGCUUCAUAUAUAUUGGACAACGAGCUGUCUACAUUGAACGUAUGUGUUUCGUAAAUAAUGUGCAUAACCGCUUGACUUCCUAAUGGGUGAAAGUCUAAACAAUGUAUCUAAAGCUGCGGUUCUGGAUAUCCGUCUCAUCAGCGUGGUCCAAGGCCUCGUCCGUGUGCAGGUCAAUUUCACGGGUUUCUUCCGGAUUAAUAUGCACUCCCUGCUCCUUAUCACGUCGC